GUCUAGGCGCAAGGCAAUGGCAAAACGCCUCGCCUAGGGGUUUUGAGCCUAAUUAGAUACUAGAACACGUCGAUGGAGUAAGGCGACAUAAAAGUCUCUCCUAAGCAUUACUAGAUGGAGCUAGGAAGUCAAUAUCAAAGGAGAAAAUUAACAUCAACUACAAAAUCAAUUUUCUAUAUCAAUAUUUUCAAUAGUUUAAGAACUUUGUGAGCUAUUGAACUAUGAUUUUAUGAAUUCGUGAGCUAUGUUCUUAACAUUUACUGUUGAGUAAGUUAUUAAUCAUUUCAACUGAAGUGAGAAAAUGUUGUAGAUUAUUAUUCCAUUCAUCAUGUUGUGCAAAUAGUUAUUUUUAUUCCAGUGCCUAGGCAUGCUUAGUCUACGCCUAAGCGAGCUAGGCGCUAAGCAAAGGGUCAACGCUCGCCUUACGCCUAACGCCUUUUUGAACCUUGGUUGCGCAUUACCGAUUGUGCGACCUACUACUUAGUCUGUGCAUGGAGUAUUUCAGUAACACCCCCAACAAUUUCCCCCCCCCCCCCCAAAGCUGGUUGUGAGUUUUAACUCAUCGCUAGCUUUUUUUUUUUUAAAUCUUCAUCGAUAAUUUUGGAUGGAGCCCUAUGUACCCCAGUUGCCCCCCAGCUGGUGGCGCGUUUGACUGACGCGGUGCCAGCUUUUUGCGUCUUGCCCCCCAGUUGGUGUAUUUCAUUUAAGAGUGUAGCCUUCGUCCAUUGUAGAUUCUUCAUGGAGCUCUCCUCAUCGGGGUUUUUUAACCCUCAGUUUGGAGCUCUCCCAUCGGGGGGGUUUUUUUAACCCUCAGUUUGGAGUCUUCAAGGUGAUGUUCCCUCUCCUCGUCGGGGUUUUUAACCCUCAGUUUGGAGUCUUCAAGGCAAUGUGUCCUCUCCUCGUCGGGGUUUUUAACCCUCAAUUUGGAGUCUUCAAGGCAAUGUGCCCUCUCCUCGUCGGCGUUUUUAACCCUCUUUGGAGUCUUCAAGGCAAUGUGCCCUCUCCGCGUCGGGGUUUUUAACCCUUUGUUUGGAGUCUUCAAGGCAAUGUGCCCUCUCCUCGUCGGGGUUUUUAACCCUCAGUUUGGAGCUCUCCUAAUUGGGGUUUUUUAACCCUCAGUUUGGAGUCUUGAAGGCACUGUGCCCUUGGUGAGGGCCUGGCAUUGACUAGUCGAGGCAUGGGCCGUGAUUAUUAGCUCUCCAUUAGCGCCAUUAACGCUCACGAAAGUAAAAUAUUUCAAUAUUUAACAAUGAUAGAGGGAUAGAGUACUUAGCUUUAUGUUGGCGAAGCGGCGCGAAGAAUUGUUAAAAUAAGAGUGAUGCACCUAAGGAUCACAAGGCGAGUUGUAGCCUGCUGGUCAGUAUGCUUGUCUAGCAGAAGAGUGGCGCAUUUUCGAGGAUUCGCGGCGGCGAUAAUAUUUUUGACGCGGAGGAAUGACACUCUUGUGGUGGGCCAGGUGCGACGCGGGCCGCGAGUAGAGUCAGGCCCGCGUGAAGGAUUGGAUUCGCCCUUGUGGUGGGCCUGGUGCGACGCGGGCUGGGGGAAGGUCCGGCGCGGGGCCGCGAGUAGAGUCAGACUCCUUCGACCUUAUGGUGUGCCAGGUGCGACGCGGGCCGCGACUUGGGCUGGGCGAUCCGCUUAGUUAAGCGGAUCUGGAAGCUAGCGAGCGAGAAGUGAUGCGAGGCGCGAAGUUGGUGGUGUGGGCGGACUUUGAAACAAUAGGUGGGUCGGGUCGGAUGGGCCGCGAGCUGAGCGGUCGAGCGAAGCUUUGCUUGGGCCGCGAGUUGGAUAUGUGGCGAGGAAGGCAUGAAGUAGGCCGCGAGCUGAGAGGUCGAGCGGAAGUGGGACCCGAGCUGCGGAGCGGGCUAAUUUGCACGGGAGCUCGGCGGAGUUCGUCCGCGAGUCAGGGAUUGUUCACUUCACCAGUUGGUCGCGGCGGAGUAUUUUAAAUACAAAAUCUGCGCCUCUCUCAGCAUAGUGAUGUUGCAGCGUGCUGGUUAGAACGCUUGUCUUGUUAAGGAGUGACGUGGGUUCAAAUACUGGCGGCGAUAAGAUUACUUUUGAUGGAGCUCAACGCCUGUUGGGCUUGGCGGGACAACAACAUUUGAACGAAGCUGGCCAUUAGAGUGGAAGUUGGACGCGCUAGAGCCGUCGGGCUAUCUUGUCUGUCGCGAGUCAAGCACAGAAGUCGAAGCGGGCUUGUAGAAGAGGAUCGCACAGUGGACGCGGACCACCAAAGGUUCGGGUUCCAUGGGCCGAAGCUUCUGGUAGGACCAUGUGACGCAGUGCUGCUAUGGCGCGGGCUAGGGCGGCGGCCCAAAAGAGAGAGCGGGACGGGCGAACUCGGAAGGAGGAGCGAUGCGGCUCCAAGCUGGAGCUUGAUGAAAUGGUCCGCGUUGUAAGGAUAGAAGCCAUUACAAAAGCUUGAUGGGUAAGGAGGGCCCCACAUGAAAUGGGCAUUCUUUCCUCUCUUCUUCUUUUUUCAGCCGCCGAGUUGACGGGCGACCAACUGCGAAGAGAGAACGACUUGGAAUUCCUCCGCCUCAAUUGAAAAAGUUGCAGCGCGGAACUUGAUUGGCGGAUCGGUAUAUCUGGUGAGGUAAGAGUGGAGCGUUUUCCUUAGGAAAAAGGCACGCUGAUGAAAAUGAUUGGUUAGGCGGAAGCUGUCAAUGAGAGCAGGAUAGGGGCAGAGAGAGCGGAGUGCGCCGAGAAGUUGGAAGCAUUCCGGGGAGGAGUUCAUUUUCACUGUCUUGUCGCGCGGCCGUUGUUGAUGAUGGGGUAAGCAGCGGAGAGAGCAGAGCGCGAAAAGAGCUGGAGGAAUGAGCGGAGAGGGCGUAGUGCGCGGACGAGCUGGAAGUGUGUCGCUUUAUAGGGAGAAGCCAGGUGAAGGAUAUAUUGUUGAUGUGAUGUGUUGUAUUGUGUUUCCCUCACCGAUUUUGUUUGGAGUUUGCUAGUGUCGCCGCUCGCAGAUGGCAGAGGAAUCGAUUUCUCAAAGUAGACAGAUCUGAAAAUUUUCUGUUCUUUUGUAUAUUCCAUCUUUCCUCCUUUUCCCGAUUUCUACUAUUGCUGCCAUUGUUAUGAUGUUGAGAGUGAAAAGUCUCUCCUUGGUGCUCCUGAUCUGGGUUUUUGACUUUCGGAUUUAGAGCUUCUUCUUUUGGGGAUCGAUCGAAGGUGGUGGGUUGUCCGACAUUUAUGGGAACUUCUUCGUCGGAGGUUGGUGGACUUGCCAGAAUAUGGGUUUGCUAUUCUUCAUUUUUACUUUCUUUUUUGUUGAAUCUGGGUUCUUCUGAGACACGAAAACAUCCUUUGCUCCUCCAUUUGAGCUCUACAUCAUCGAUCACAGGUACUCACAGCCAACUUCUCCCCAUAAACGAAACUCGGUGCAUUUGGAGAUCUCAUAUCUGUAUUUUUUUUUCUCGCAUCUGCAGUUUGCUGCUGCUGCUUGUCAUUAUGAAAGAAGAAGAAGGAUUUCAAUCAUUCUGUUUCUUCCCUCAGAGUCGAUAGAUCUCGAGCUUCGUGUUUCUUCCCCCAAAGGUUGCUCGAUCUGGAACUUUUCUUCUUUCUCUUUUCUUUCGAGCUUCAAUGAUUCUCCGUUUUCACAGAUUUCCUCAUUUUUGUUGAGACCGAACGAACGAAUCACCAAAUCUGUCCCACGGUGGGCGCCAAUUGUUUGUACCAUCUAGCUCCGGUAUGAACAAUGAUAUUUGUUGGUGUGGGGUUGACUCACGAUCCGUUCGUCUGAUCUCGUCGGGAGGGAAGGGACCUGUGAAAGAGCCGGGGAUGCCCCCCGGAUUAAGCUCCGACAAUCAAGUUUGUUUAAGUUUCAGGAGAGAGUUGAGAGAAUAAGGUAGAGAGAUAAGGUGUAGAGAGAUAGUGGAAAGUAGAAAAAAAUGAGAGAGGAGAAGUCCCCUCGUUUGGAGGGCUUCAAGCCCUUAUAUACCUGUAGCGGGUAUCGAGUGUUGCGCAUUGCCGAUUGUGCGACCUACUACUUAGUUUGUGCAUGGAGUAUUUCAGUAAAACCCCCAACAGUUACCAUUAAAUACAACUUUCUCACGGAAAGUGAAUGUUUGGUCACCGAAAAUAACGUGAUUAAAGGUAAAUUUUCGUG